GGCUUGAUUCUGGCCAUGGCGAACACUGUUAACUACUCGGAAAGUGCUGCUGGUGAGACCCAGUUUGCCUCGAAGCUUUAUGGCCAGGUGGCCAAGUCCGAGCCCGGGCGAAAUAUCGUCCUCUCGCCCUCAUCCAUCAGGACGGGCUUGGCUCUGGCCUAUCUGGGUGCCGAGGGCAGAACCGCCGCCGAGCUGAAGCAGGGAUUGGGCCUGGAGGGAGCUGACAAAACCGAGGUGGCCCAGAAAUUCGCCCAGCUGCUGGGAAAAGGACAUGGGGACCAUGAUGGGCCCAAAUUGAAGUAUGCCAAUCGGAUUUACGUGGCUCAGAGAUUCCAGCUGGCACAGGCCUAUCAGGAGUUGGUCGGCAAAAACUUCGCAGCAGCUGCAGAGAAUGUGAACUUCGCCCAAAAUGCUGAUGCUGCCAAGCGCAUUAACUCCUGGGUGGAGGAGCAGACCCAUCAGGAAAUCAGGAACCUCAUCGCAGCGGACUCACUCGAUGGAGAUACGGCUGCCAUCCUGGUGAAUGCCAUCUAUUUCAAGGCCGACUGGCAGAGCAGUUUUCCCGACUACGCCACCUUUUCCCGCGACUUUGUCAAUCAUGGAGGUCAAAAGGUCAGCGUGGAAGAGGAUUACUUCAGGUUCGGCGAGCUGCCCCAGUUGAAGGCUAAGGCCCUGGAACUGCCGUACACAGGCACAGAUAUCGUCUUUCUGAUCAUUCUACCCCAGGAGGAGCAGGGUCUGGCCUCCGUCGAGCAGAAACUAAAGGGGCUGGACCUCAACGAAAUAAGCUCCCAGUUGAACAGGAGAAAAGUAAAGGUACAGCUGCCCAAGUUCAAGUUCGAGUUCGAUGUCCCCCUGCAGCCGAUUCUCGAGGAGCUGGGCAUUAAGAAACUAUUCGCACCUGAUGCGGACUUCAGCAGCCUGCUCCGAGAAUCUGAUCCACUUAGGAUCUCGGAGGUGAAGCACAAGGCAAUUAUCGAGGUGAACGAGAAGGGAACCACUGCCAGUGGAGCCACCUUUCUAAAGGCCCAAGUCGAGUCUCUCUUAAUAGGAGAGGAAGUCUUCGAGUUCACCGCGGAUCAUCCCUUCUUUUUCGCCAUCAAGGACGCACAGAGCACCUACUUCCUGGGCCACGUCAGCCAGCUCUGA